AUUGGAAAUCAAUCUUCUUUUAUUGGAAAAGAAGGAAGACUUCUUAAAAAGGGAAAAUUUUUAAAUUCGUGGCAUGAAUGUGCAUUAAAACUAGAAAAGGACUGCAUUGCAUACAAAAAGAUUGAUAAAAAGUUUGGUACACCAAAGUUUGAUAUACUGGAGUUGAGCUUAUUACAAGUGUUGCUCAUCAGAUUAUAAAGGAUGGUGUAUUCCAAGUGACUGGCAUUCGAGUGUGCUAGUGAAUUGUUUCAAGGGCAAUGGUGAUGCAUUGAAAGAGGGCGUGGCAAUACAGCUUCAGAAAAAGCAUUUAGCAUAAAUUGAAGUUGAUCGUUUUACUCGACAUCACGGUGGAACAACCAGAAGACAACACCAAGUUAUUUGUCAUCAAGUAUUUAAACAAAAAGAAAAAAGAUAAAACGUUUGCUGCUGAAACUGAAGAAGAUUGUCAACAAUGGAUGGAAGCAAUUUUUGAAGCAAAACUUGAUGGAAAAGAGAGAAACGCGAGCAAAUCUGAAGCUUGUUCCAUACAAUAAAGGUAGAUAGCUAUUCGUGGUAAAUAUUCACUUAAAGUAAAGAAGCAGUCAUCCGGAUAAAUAUUGUAAACGCAAUCAGAUUUUCUCUUCCCCUUCAAAUCUCGAAUGCAUAGAAUUAUUUCAGUUUCUAAACAAACCCUUUUAUUAUAGAAGUCGAUAAUUUUAUGAAAAAGUUCGGUAACUUUGUGGGUCAUUUUAUUUUAUUUUAUUUUCUCUCUGUUUUAAAAAAAAAUAAGAAUUAGUAUAGUAUAUAUGGAAUAGCAGUUAUUUUUAUUUUUUUCAUUCAGACUUUCCUACAUAAGAAAAUUUCUUCCACGUAAUUUUCAACGUAGAAUCGAUUUAUUUUAGCAUGACCUGAUAACGUAUAUAUAUAUAUAUAUUUCUGGAUUUUGCAGAAUGUUCUUUAAAAAGCCACACCAGAGAACUUGCUUAGCAGAAAGCUGAAAGCCAAUUAAUCACCUAUAAUUAAAUUAAUUGAGAUGGAAUUCUAAGAAUUAUCUGUGAACAUUUCCUCAUAAUGACACACUCUGUCUCAGCUGUUUGCUUUUUUUAAACUUUCUUUCUCAUUUACCAUAAUACUUUGUUUAAUUUUCAUGAUGUGAAGCAUAUAUUUCUAAGAAAAUUAUAUUAGGUUUUUUUUUGCUUGUUCUUUUUUGUUUUUUCGCAGUUUACGAGUGCUGUCCUUCUUAAUAGCUAAGUUGUGACAAGCGUUUAUUGAUCUGUCGCUUUUUAGAUUAAUUCUUGUGAGUAAUUUCUUAUUUCAUAAUUAAACUUUCUAUGACAACUUGCAGAAUUGAAUUAAAAGCAUAUUGCACUGAAAGAAAACGGUAGAAAAAUAAAAUAUUGUUGGAAGUUAUUACCUGUGGUGGAAUAUUCAAAAUGGCUUUCCGACCUCCAUCAAGACUUCGACCAAGACCUCCAUCUUCUUGCUCGACUACUUCUACAUCGUCGUGUAUAGAUCGUUUGCUCGAUUUAACGAAAUGUUCACACUGUCAUAAUCAAUUAAAAGAUGCUCGCAUGUUGCCGUGUCACCACUCGUUUUGUUUUUCGUGUUUGGUCGAUAUGAUCGGUUCUUCAACAUCUAAAGAUGAAUUUCUCUGUCCAAUUGAUCGUGUGGUUAUCAAAGUACCGCCAUACGGAAUAAACUCGUUUGACCGGGACGAACGCGCAGCAGCGCUCGAAGAAAUACGUUACGAACUCGAAGAUAGUUUUAACGAUGAUAUCGAUACGUCGACAGCAGACAUAGAUAUUAACUUAGAGAGUCUAAACAAAGGAGUAAAAGAUAUCGAGCACUCCUCCGCUCUGUCUCAACACGCGGUUAAUAGCAUGUUUGAAAAGAUAUACAAAAAGUUACGACUACGACAGGAGGAAAUUAUAUCGGAAAUUAAACGAAAAAGUCAACGUCAAAUAUCAAACUUACAAUACGAAAAAUUUCGUUUAAUCGAAACGAAAAAGCUUCAGAUGGAUCAGUUUUGCGAUUCUUCAUUUUACGAGGAGGAUAUCUUGGAACCUCUACGGACGAACAAAAGCAUGACCUCCUCCACACCGCCGUCGCCCAACUCGUCAUUCAGCCGACAACCUCACGACACGCUGACUCAUGAAAAUCGCAUGUCUUUAUUAUCGUGUCAUAUCGGGCAACAGCAUUUAGAAUUCAAUAAACACGAUGCAACUUUAUCGAAAUUGAUGGAGAAUUUAAAUAACGUUGGUUGUAUAUCAUGCGAUUUUGAUUUGAAAGUAAAGUUGGAUCGAAAUUUGCUGGCUAUGGGUGAUUAUCCGUUCGGUUUGAAAAUUGGAGGAAAAAAAGAAGACGGGUUUGAUUGGUUGGCUUCUUCGCCGAAAGGUUUAUCACAACGACUUUCUUCGAGACUGGUGAUAGCAAACAGCGGUCGAAAUGAACUUAUUGUUCUUGAUAACAGCUUUAACGUCAAAUCUGUUAUACCAGCAUCGAAAGAAAAAUUCUUUAGCGUCUCUGAUGUGGCGACAUACGGCAAUAAUAUUUUUGUUGCCGACGAAAGUGCUUCUCAGAUUGUCAUGUUGAGCAGUGACGGUACCGUCGUGAAAAGCUUUGGAAAGCCGGGUUCAGGAAAUCUUGAGUUAAAACGACCUAACGGAAUAUGUGCAGAUAGUCGAGGAAGAAUUAUUGUUUCUGACUCCCUGAACCACAGAGUUAAGGUGUUAUCAGCUGAUCUUCAAAAAUGUAUUCUCACUGUCACAACAGAUAAAAAGAAGCAAAGAGAAGCAAAGAAUUUUAGUUUUCCUUGCGGAGUAGCUGUCGACAAAGAAGACAAUAUUUACGUGACCGAUACAAAUAAUAAACGAAUUGUUCAAUUAUCCAGAGAGGGAAAGUUUAUGAAAGAGAUGCAUCCGCCAGGCUGUCAUGAUCCAAGAUGCGUAGCGGUUUCAUCAGAUGGAAAACUACUGGUAACUGAUCGUGAAAAUGGGAAACUGUUGAUUUUCGAUUGCCAUAGCAAUAAUAUGACGUGUGUAUCCGGCAUUAUUGAUUCCUAUGGCAACCAGACGCAUUUCAAACAACCGUACGGUGUCAUAGUUGACGGGACCGAUAAAAUCAUUUUAACCGACAAUGAACUGGGCGCUGUGUUUGUGUUAUAGUAGUACGUCUGAUCAUUUUCAGUACUAAAUCUUAAGAAAAACGCCGUUGCAAUAAUACAGGUUUUUAUUAGACAAAAAGCUGCAUUUUUUAGAAAAUUUUUACUUUGAUGUUUUAUAUUAUUUUAUUUAAUCUUUUAAUAUAAUUUUUUAGAAUUAGUGCCACUUGCACCCUCUUUCACAGGGUUUUUUGCCUUUUUGAUAUAUCAAAAAGGCAAAAAGCCUGAGAACGAGGAUGGUGUCAUUUGUUCAUCCACGAAUUAAAUAGAUGUUAACCAUUGCUUCAGUGUCUUAAAUUUCCGCGAGCAGAAAAUUUUGAAGUUACGUCGAAACCGAUUUCUUGGAAGAAGAAGCGAA